CUCGCCCACGGGCCACGGCCACGCCCUGACGCCCCCAGGUCGAGAAAGGCGUGCGCAUGCCGUCUAUGGCGCCUCCGCUAUAAGGAGGAGAAGCAAGCGCGAGGCCAGCAAAAAAGCGUCGCGGGGCCACGACGACCACGACCACGACCCUAUUUUGGCCCGCCCGCCCGCCUCCUCCGCCUAUACGCCGCGCCCGCGACCGCGCCGGGGAGGUCGCUCGCUGCUCCCUCCGGCUCACCUUCCCGUUCCCUUCCCUCUCUACCUCUCUCUGUCCCGUCCCGCCCGCUCCGCCGCCUCUCCCACCUGCCCCCCGCAACCAACCAAGGCCCUCCUGCACGGCGCCGGUGGUGCAUGGGCGGCGGCCGAGCCAGGACGCCGACGCCGACGACCGCGCCGCCAUGACCACCACCACGACAACGGCGCCGGCGGCGACCAUGAACGUUACCACGGUCGCGCAGCUCUGCGCGGGGCCACGGCAGCGCAAGCCGGCGGCGGCAGCAGCAGCGGCAGGGGCUCGGGUCGACCUGCGCUGGGCGCGCCUGCUCCGCCUCGCCGUCGUCACCAGGGUGCUCCGCAUCGUGCGUGACCAGCUGCUCGCCUGCUCCUCCUGCGGCGGCGGCGGCGGGGGCGGCGCCGCCGCCGCCGCCCGCGGCCGGUACCGCCGCCUCGGCCCGCCCAACGCCGGUCCCGUGCUGUCACCGGUCGACAGGGACGACGACGACUGCGCCGCCGAUGCCGACGCUGACGCCGAAGCCGCCCCUCGCGACGCGGCUGACGAUGUCGAUAACGUCGUUAGCCUCAAGGUCAGCCUGCUCGGCGAUUGCCAGAUUGGCAAGACCAGCUUCAUGGUUAAGUAUGUGGGAGACGACGGGGAGGAGCAGAACGGUUUGCAGAUGACUGGCCUGAAUCUCAUGGACAAGACGAUGGCCGUCAGGGGAGCUAGGAUUGCCUACAGCAUCUGGGAUGUGGCAGGAGACCACCAGUCUGUCGACCACAUCCCGAUCGCUUGCAAGGACGCCGUGGCGAUCCUCUACAUGUUUGAUCUCACGAGCCGCUGCACGCUUAAUAACAUUGUAGAUUGGUACGAGAGGGCAAGGAAAUGGAAUAAGACGGCUAUUCCAAUCCUAAUCGGGACAAAGUUUGAUGACUUUGCUCAGCUUCCUCUUGAAAUGCAAUGGGCCAUCGUUAACCAGGCCAGAGCAUACGCAAGAGCGAUGAAGGCGACCCUCUUCUUCUCGAGCGCGACGCACAACAUCAACGUGAACAAGAUCUUCAAGUUCAUCACUGCCAAGCUCUUCAACCUGCCGUGGACGGUGGAGCGCAACCUCACCAUCGGCGAGCCCAUCAUAGACUUCUGACGACCUUCCUCCUCCUCCUCUAAUCUGACUAAGUAAUUAGGCAGCACACACGACGACGACCCUUGGUACCGUUCAUGGAUCGACAAGUGUCGUCGUCUCUUCCUUGAUCUUGCCCUGUGUGAGUCGCCGGAGCAAUUGAAGUGACCGAGCAUGCCCGUCGUCCUCUUCCUCCUGAUGGCCGGCUGCAGCAGGCAAGACGUUCUUUGUACAUACAUAGGUGACGGUUCCGCUUGCGUGCAGGAGCGUCGUCAAAAUGGGAAAACCGCGAGGUGUGACUGUAAUGUAACACCCCGUCUGUAACAUUCGCCAGAGUGUAUAGGAAUCCAUAUAUGUUAAUAUACGCUCCGUUUCCACUGACAGAGACAUGCGCUGGCCGCCUGCCGGUGCAGGGCUUCAGCCGUUCCACCUCUUCGGCUCGCCCCGCCGUAGCUGCAUACGUCUUGAGGUACGGUGUGCAAGUUUAGGUUCUUGUAGUUGGUCUCGUCGCCGUUGAAGGCAGUGGACUGCCACUCCGCUUCGCCAUCGUAAUUUGGAGUUUUUGACGCUACACCACAAAGCAAAACAAACUGCUUCAUCGGCAACAAUAAACACGAAAGAACAGCGACAGAAAACGAAAUGCGUCUGUGAGUUAUUUGCAUGUCGAGGCAAUUUAUGCUACUCCAUCACAAGUUAUUUCCU